AUGAAGGAUAGAGGAGUAGAGAAGACACCCGGUUGUAGUUCGAUUGAGGUUAAUGGGUUUAUUCAUGAGUUUGUUUCUGGUGAGAAAACACAUCCUCAAAUGGAAGACAUACAUCAAGUUUUGGAGAAGAUGAAUGAUCAGUUGGAGCAACAAGAAAGCAUGUUAGAUCUUAGGCUAGCGCCCUUCCAAAGUGAAAUGGAAGUCACUAACUUACGCCAUGACCCUUCACUAAUUGACCCCGUCCAGAGCUUUCUGGAUGAAGCAGGGAAGGUAUUGGAUGCAGUCAGUUACGGAAAUGUGAUUCAGGUAUUGGAUGCAGUCAGUUACGGAAAUGUGAUUCUUCCAGCGUCCAGAGUAUCGAGGGGGCCAUGGUAUUAG